AUGUUGCAAUUGUUAUUAGUAUUCCCGUUGUUUAUUUCUUUGGCUCACUCUUCUUUCAAGGUUGACUUUGAUGUACGUCAACAACAGCCACCAGUACUGCGCUUAUCUAAAAGACUUGAACCUUUAGUUCUUGCAAAUAAGCAAAAUAUUUAUACCACAGACUUGAGAAUUGGUUCAAAAGAAGAAAAUGUUACUGUAUUUGUUGAUACUGGAUCGUCUGACUUAUGGGUUAUGGGCAGUUCUGUCCAAUGUUUCAGUGUUAACGACUUCCAUGCUAAUAGAACAGAAUCAAUUCCUGAUGUUUUUGAUGAUGUUGAUGCUGCUUAUCCUUGUACCGCCAAUGGAACAUUCAAUUCCGAUGAAUCCAAGACUUACCAUGGUUCAUGGCAUGAAUUUGUUAUUGGAUAUACUGAUGGUUCGGCUGCAACUGGUAUAUGGGGUAGGGAUGAUGUUAAAUUUGGAAAUACCACCAUAAAAGACUUGCGUUUUGCUGUUGCUUAUCAAUCAAGUGUUUCCGAUGGUAUUUUGGGUCUUGGAAUCCCAAAUGGUUAUGAUAAUUUCCCAGUAGAAUUACGAAAACAAAAAUAUAUCAAAAGGGCUGCCUACUCAGUUUACUUGAAUUCAGCAGAUGCAACUAAUGGAAGCAUCCUUUUUGGUGCAAUUGAUCACAAGAAAUACGAGGGUACAUUAACUACUGUUUCAUUGACUCAAGAUAAACAUUUUACAAUCAAUGUGACUUAUCAAGGUGAUAACUACCCAAUUCUUUUAGAUACCGGGUCCACAUUUUCUAUCUUGCCAGAUGACUGGGUCCGUGAAUAUGCUGCUGCUUUGAAUGGGACAUAUGAUUCCGAUGAACUUGUUUAUGAGAUCGAUUGUGAUAGUACUGGACAUGCAUUUUGA